AUGAAUUCUUCCCAGGUACCAAAAGCCCGGGGAGCUGGCAGGUCGGGCCCGCGUCGACGGACAGGGUGCCUAACAUGCAGGGCCCGUAAGGUACGGUGCGACGAAGGGAAACCAAGUUGCUCCAAUUGCGAUCGAUUACGUCUACAAUGUCUCUAUAGACCCCCUAUCAGCCCUCGUGUGGGGUCGGGGUCAUCACCAACUCGCCCAUCCAACAAUACAACUGCAUCGCCGAAUAUCACAGAAGGCCCAGGGAGUUCAGGCUCCUCCGCUGCAGCCGCAACUGCAUCCCGGUCUCCCGGCAUCAACUACUUUAGUACCGUGCUCCGUGUAGACGGCCACCACAGAAUAUCAACGCCGACAACAACACUUCGGCAGCUCCCUACAGAGCAGGACUCUUAUCUUUCCGAGUUUGACAUGCUUGGAUUUAUGGGCGGGAUUACUUCUGAGCUGGAACAGAAACACCUGGACUUGACAUCCGGACGCGCGAUGGCUUUCACCGCUAGCCCGGCGUCGCAGUCGCUACCCGCGACACUCAUACCAGGCAUGGAUGAAGGGUACUUUUCAGCAGAGCGCAGAAUUCCACUUACUCCAGAUACCUCACCUUCACUUAUUGAUGGAACCUCGAUUGAUGGCGCCUCAGAAGUGCCAUCUACGCGGGGCUUGUCUGACGCAGGCGCUACGUCGUAUGAGGACCAGUUGCUACAGCACUUUCUGACUAUUGACCCACCGGCUGCUCUUUUUGCGCCAGCAAACAUCGAGUGGAAGUAUAUGCGGCCAGCACUGCUGGCUCAUGCACGAGAUUCUAGUCCGCUUUUGAAUGCUUUAUACUGCUAUGCAGAUGUCCAUAAAGCGAUGAUGGAAGGGAAAAAUUGGCGCUGGGCGCCGACUUUUUAUAGACUGUCCAGUUCGGAGAUCCAAGCUUGUAUCCAUGGCGAGGUGACUGAAUCCACGCUCGUCAAAGUUUUUGGUGCUGUUUUUCUCUUAAUGAUAUCCGAGAUCCUCUCAUCUCCCGAAAUAUGUACCGGAACUUCUUACAUUCACUCCGGAUACCUUAUUCUCCAACGAUUCCAUAAUCGUACCCGACAUUGGACUGGCCUCGGUCAUCUCCUUGUGUCAUGGGUCUCGCUGCUAGAUGUCAAGUCCCUGAUUGCAGGCCGAGAUGGCGAUCCUCUCACUGAGCUCGGCAACAUCCCGGAACAUAGCAUACCACUGAAACCACUAGAUGCACAAAAUUCCCAAACACCCCAUUCGAAAGCGGCAACAGACAACUACAAAGAAGACAGCAUCGAAGACCCAUUCCUCAGUCCCAACCACCUCGUCUACGAAUCAAUCGUAGGCCCAGCAUUCCGAUUCUUCGUACAAGCCCAACAAGUCGUCCGACGUAUAGUCUGCAUCGAUCUCCACCACCGCAGCCGCGGAACCCUAACCGACGAGUUUGAAGUACUCCAGCUCGCCCACAAAGUCGGCGCAGACCUCGAAACACUCUGGCACCGACGUCCCUCAGUAAUAGACGUCUACGGACGACCAGAAGCCCUAACUGAUAUCCUGCGUGUGCCUGUGGCAUCGGAAAUCUGUCGCACAUUCCGACAAUACGUGGCCAACUUCUUAGCAAACUUUAUCUACUUGCACCGCGUUGCAUUUGCAAUCUAUCCUCGCACAGACCGCGUCAACGGCGCUGUCGAUCAAAUCAUUCAACUGGCUACCGUUGACUCUACCGGGAAGGACAAUCUGCCUGUUAGCUUCCUAUGGCCGUUGUUCGUUGCUGGCCUUGAGGGUACGGACGACCAGCGCAAGUGGAUUAUCCACGAGAUUCAGCGUAUGGCUGCUACCCAUGAAGCUGACUCGGCACCUUCGGUCACUCGCCACCCGGCCGCUGAUAGGGUCCUCGUGCUUGUGGAGGAGAUGACUCGGCGGCAGGAUGUGUCACGCACGUGGGCAGACUCGAAAUGUGUGAGACGGGAAUUGUUUUCGGACUUUUUCGUCAUGAUUUGA